CUCUCUGCAUACACAGUCCUUUCAUAUUGAUGACUAAUCCCCAGCUUCCAUAAAUAACUACUCCUUUUUCGCUACCUUUUCGUUCAAACAACCAUCCCAAACAAACAACUCCCAUCAAUUCUCUUUCCCUGCUGGUGGCAACUAGUCUCUGCAAUAUUAAACAUUGUUUCGUCACUGCUUUGAUUACAACUUUCCGUGUCGUCCUUCAUCCCUACUGGGAUGCUACUUAAAAAGCCCACCAUCACCUCUCACCUCUCACCUCUCACCAAACCAAUGCAAUAGCAUAAACACAUCCAUUAUAAAACACAAAUCUUUUUGCUUAUUUAUAGACACUUCAACCAUUCUUUACAAUAAACACUUCUGUUUGGACCGGAUACUACUCUUUUGACUAUUUAAUGCAAUUGUACAUCAUGAGCUCGUACUCAAAACCACUUUUAAAUUGGAACAACGGUACACCAAUCUCUACAAUCCCUAUGUGCACCAUUCCUCACACAGUAAUGCCAACCUUUGCACCCUUGCCAGAGCCAGAUCUCUCCUUAAACAUCAGCCCUCCAGUAACUUCAGAUCCUGACGCUAAACAACUGGAAACAACCUGCAGCGGAUUCACAUUAACCACCAAAACGCUUUACACCGAUCUGUGCUCAACCUCGGAUUCUGGUAGCAGUGGAAGCGAUUUAAGCCACGAAAAUGGUUUUCGCCACACUGUCUACAACCUUGCUCAUCGUGAACAACCGACAUUGAGCUUAGGCUCCGGAAGGGAAAAUUUGAAUCCUUAUCCUAUACAAGGAGCUGUGUCGAGAAACUUCAAUUACCUCCACAACUACCAACCUCAGACCAACACCGUUGAUUUCAAACGAAAUCCUAGAGGCAUUCAAGGUGUGAAAAGAAGCUCGAGAGCUCCUAGAAUGCGAUGGACCACUACCCUCCACGCUCACUUUGUUCAUGUGGUUCAGCUUCUUGGUGGACAUGAAAGGGCAACUCCGAAGUCUGUGUUAGAGUUAAUGAACGUGAAGGAUCUAACUCUAGCUCACGUGAAGAGUCACUUGCAGAUGUAUAGAACAGUGAAGAGCUCUGACAAAAGCAGCGCAGGUUAUGGGCAGACAAGUAUAGGGUUGAGCCGAAAGCCAGGGAUUGUCGAUCUGUAUGGAGCUUGUGAGAGACCAAAUUUGCCACAGCCGCUGCUAAAAUCCCACAGGACGCCAUGGCAAUCAUCGAUGGAGACAAAUUCAAUAAAUUACAUACAGAGCCCCAUUAUAAAUUCAAUGUGUUCUGAUAUGAGAGAAAACCAAACCAUGGUGGGUGGACAGCAUUAUGGAGGCCUGUCGAAUUGCAUGGAGGAGAAAUUGGAAUCUUGCACUUUGUCACGUUCCGAUAUGACGCUAGACCUAGAAUUUACCCUUGGAAGGCCCACUACUUGCAAAGAGAUCACGCAGAAACAACAGAAUUAACUCUUCUCUAUUGUUGAACACAUUGGAACCCUUUCUUUUCUCAUUUAAGCAUGCCCCAACUUAUACUAUAACUGAGAGAAGAGGAACUUUAUAUCCGUAAGAAUAAGUUUCUUUUUCCAUGAUACAUAUAUUUAUGAGUUUUGUCUAGCUACAAAAAGAGAUGAGAGAAGAGGAUAAAUCUUUGCUAGGAAACAUUUGCUUCUGUCCAAAGAAUUCAGAAUAUGUCUUUAAUGUCAUUUUCAGUGCAAAGAGUAGAAGAAAUAUAAUAGUUCUCUCAGACAAUGGACCACAUAUGUUGUAAUCGUUCAGAAGAGGACCCAUCUUGAACUGGUGGGUCAAGAUUUAUGCCACUGUCAUGACAUCAUUCUCAGCUUCAUAUUUGU